CUUACUUCAUGAAAGCGAAUAAAUUUUUGAUUUGCUCCAAUUUUACAUUUAACUUUUCAACCUGAAAGCAUAUUUUGGAACCAUGCGAAGGGAUUUCUAGCUUUGGUAUCUGGUAUUGUAAAUGCCAGACUUAUAACGCAUGAUUCUAGCCCAGGCCGAGCCAAUUUCUAUCCGACCGGUGGAUGUUCCAGUUUUCAGUCAGACAGUUCAGUUCACUGAAUGACCGAGAACUGCAUCUUGUUACUAUAAAUAAAACGUGAAUGACACAGCCACAUCAACAAAGCAGAAUCGACUGAAAUUUUAUUUUGAAGUCGGAUUUAGUUAUAUCAAGCCCAAAAGAUUGACACUAGAAAAUUUAGUUCUUGGAGUAGAUAGCGAAAAAAAAGUAACAAUGGCGAACAAUUCUGUUGGUGGACAUUUUGAUUUUGUCUUGGCUGGUGUUGACUUUAAUUUACCUGGUAAUGGCGGGAAGGAGUGUUCAGAAUUUCUCUCCCUGACUCAAAGACUCAUCGAAAGUGGAUUAUCGUGUUUGUUCGCUGUAUAUCUAUUUUGGUGCACGUACAGUAAAUUAAAGUUACCUCCCCUGAGAGAAGAUGCUUUAAAUCGUGAGAUGGAUUAUUGGGGUAAACGUGUCAUGUUAUUGUGUAUGUGUUUAACUUUUGGUAUUGAGUUAGGAUUUAAAUUUGCGACCCGACAAAUGAUAUGGAUAUUUAACCCCUGUCACGUAGCAAGCAUAGUUCAGAUAUAUUUAUUAGCUGCACCUCCUAGAAGAUAUGUUACUGGUAUUUUCCGUUUUCACAUGCACAUGUUAACAGGUGCUCCAAUAGCUCUAUUAUUUCCUGUUGUUAAUACUAGAUUGUUACCAUUUGAAGCAGAAACCUAUUAUAUACAACAUAUAUUAAUGUUAGUCAUACCAUUUUAUCUAAUGAGAAUGGGAGGUGUAUACAUUCCUGAACAACUGGGAGAUUUUAGUUGGGCAUUGAUGACGUUAGGUUUUCAAAUUAUAUAUCACUUUGUACCGUUACAAACAGCUGCUCUUAUUUCUCACGUAAAUUUAAACAAUAUGUUAUGUCCGGCAAUAUCUGAUCCUUUCCAUGGCCCAUAUUAUCGGCUGUGCGCAAUAUCUCAUCAAGUUAUACUCAUACCAACUCUAGGAAAGAUAUACGCCUGGGCCGCACAGUAUUUUAAUAUUCGACCCAAACACGAUUAUUGCAUAGAAGAACCAUGGUUAGUCUCCUCUACAAACACAACUAACGGAAAAAUAAGCAAUGUUACAAAUAGAAUUUUGUCUGGCAACAAAAGUGAAGAUGUGAAACAAAUUAACGGACAUUUGAAGGCGAACUAAAAGCGCAAAUGUGUUAGAUUAUGACAAUUUUAACUUAUAUAAUAAUGCACAAUGUCAUCAAAAAAUUAUGAACAUUUGUAAAUAUUAACUUAAUAAUAUUCUUCUUUAUAAGAAGACAGUCAGAAUGUAAAUUUGAAGACCAGGUAUGAAAUUUAGUCCUUUGGAUUCUUUGAAGGCCAGGUAUGAAAUUUAGGACUAAGUCCUUUGGAUUCUUUGAAGACCAGGUAUGAAAUUUAUCACUGAGUCCUUUGGAUUCUUUGAAGGCCAGGUAUGAAAUUUAUCACUGAGUCCUUUGGAUUCUUUGAAGGCCAGUUAUGAAAUUUAUCACUGAGUCCUUUCAAUUCUGAAAAGAUACGUGUAAGAUAAAAUAUCUUUCUAUUGAAGUUGUAAACCUCUCAAGACACUUUAACUCUAACGCUUUGUUAAUAUUUCUGCUGAUUUCUCUUAAAUUUAAUCAGGCCAUAUUGGAUGGUUUCUCUCUUAAAUUUAAUCACGAUUUUCUCUUAAUAGUAUUUAGUUAACAAUAUUCGGAUUGGUUAGAAUAUACCAUAGAAUAUCAUCCAGGUUUAAUGAUUGGAUCAUUCUGAUUAAAACACAGUUCCUAUUUCGUUUCGUUUUUUAUAGUUCAAAAUUUUGUUUUACUUGUCUUCACUACACUGGGAUCUGGAAGAGUUGAUACAUAACCUGCAUUCUGAAUGGCAUGAGGGAUUAGCCAAUGAAACCAUCUGUUAAAACGAGUUCUUGGCGUACUCUGCUUGGAAGUGUGGGUAAAACCAUAGAAAUGUCAACGCUGAUUGAUUAAUCAAUGUCAUAGGGUGCGACCUCUCAGUACAACUUGUCAGAUCUUCAUGUAGUGUAGGCCAUCGAAAGUAUAAAAAAAAACGAAACGAAAUAUAGAUCUGUAUUUUAAUCAGAUUACGAUUGGAUCAAAAGGUUACAAAAAUAUAAUAAUUAUAUUAUUUAGUAAAUUGUUUCAAUGGUAUUUAGUAAUUAAACUGGAAUAUACAGAUCACAAUUCUAUAGAAUACAAUUACUGCUUAUUACUGCUUUCAACUUGAUAAAGACUCAAAACGUUAUUUAGUGAUAAAAAGUAAUAUGCAGAAAGUAUUUUGUAAACAAACAGACCACUUUAAGUCUGUCCACCACUUUUCUAGAAACUUGGACAAAACUAACCUGCUAUUACUGUAAAAAAUGUAAUUAUUUUAGCACUACUAAAACCUUACAGGGGCUAUGAAAUUACAUGUAUGUGAGACAGGAAGCGAAUCAAAUAGGAUUCCAACUGACUACCUCUAAUUUAAUGUAUGAGUCAUCAUGAAAUGAUAACAAACUCUAGUCAUUUGGCAAGGUUCAUGUUAAUUUCAUACAUACUCAGUAUUUUCAUUUGUGUGCUAUCAUUUCCAUACAUUGCAGCAAUAGCAUCUGUAGUAGACAAAGCCCAGCUUAACCGGAACAGGGCCCUGGGCCUGACUAGAAUCGCGGAGUCUGAUCACAGACGAAAUCUAUUCAGUUUCGAAUGGCAUACAAUGCUUGGAAAUGACAUAUAACGGCUAUUACCGUGAAACUUUCAUUUGGAAUUUGAAAUUUUUCUCUUUUUGCCAUGAACCGUGUUGCCCCAUAAACCGCGGGGCCCUGGGCCUCCCCAUUAAGGUCCAUGCCUAAGCUGGGCUUUGGUAGUAGACUCAUCUAACCAGUCUGAUAACUAGUCAUAUGUGGUUCAUUACCGCUAUAUAUUGUCGAUGUUGUGUGAUUUAACAGCAACACCAUUAUACAAUCCAUGAUAUAUAAACCCAAUCGGAUUAAAACACAGAUCCUAUUUCGUUUCUUUUAUAGUUCAAGAUUAAUUUGGUUUUACUUGUCUUUACUACACUAGGAUCUGGAAGAGUUGUUAUAUUACCGGCGUUCUGGUUGAAGUGAGGGAUUAGCCAAUGAAACAAUCUGUUACAGCGAAUUCUUCAUGUGCGAUGCACAGAACUGUGGGUAAACCACAAGAAACGUCAACGCUGAUUGAUUUAUCAAUGUCUGAUGUCGUAGAAUCAAAAGCCAUUCCUAUGACCUCUAACGCAACCUUCCAGUACAACCAGUUAGAUCUUCAUGUAGUUGAGGCCAUCGAAAGUAUAAACAAGAGCAUCGCUAACGCAGCAAUAUACGUCCACAUUCCUGUUUUGUUUGAUAUGGUCCAGUUUGCAUUGAGGGUCUGUGAAAUAAAACUGGGUUGUAGGACUGCUAUCAGUAUAACAUUUCGUUCACAUUAA